AUGACAACACUGGAGUUCUUAGAUAACAAAGAAAAUAAGAAUACAAAAUCACAGAUGAAAAGCGAUAGAAAGGCUAAGCUAAUCCAAGCCCCAAUUGACAAAACUAAAGACAACAUAAGCUUGAAUAUUCUGAAAAAUACUGAUAUUAAGCUAUCACCAAUAGAAAUCUCUCCUAUACAAAGCAAGAAACCAACAAACCAAACCUAUAUAAAGAUAGAAAUCAAAGAUUCUAAGCCACAAUGCAAAAAGGGCCUU